UGUGUGUGUGUGAGCCGCUGAUAACGCAGCUGAUCGGGCAAUCGGGUGUUGGUUUUAACUUUUCGAUCAGAGGAAACCGGGAGCAGAGCAUGGCCAGCAAUUCCAACCGAUCCCAGCAGUCGGACAACCAGGUCACCAGGAUCACCAGCGACAUGGUCAACCAGCUGCAGCCGUCUUCGAAGGAGGUGGAAUCGAAGGUUGAGACGAUCCCCAGUGUUUCCGAAUGGCUUGCCCCCCAGUUGAUGAUCGUUUUCGAGGACGGUGAUCUGCACUCUGCUCGCCAGCAGUUGCUCGAAUCCCUGCAGAAUCCCUUCGCCGAGGGAUCCGUGGCCGUUUUAGUGAUCCAGGAGAGCAUUGCCGAUCAGUUUGUGGGUCUGGUGGCCCAGGAUCUUCGUUCGUUGCCGAAACAAGUAGCAAAGAAUCCUAGUUUUAUCAGCACGCUGGCCAAGAUCGAUCAGCUCAAGGCGAAGGUGGUAAAGGGCGUAGGCCUGAAGGCCGACGAAUCUCCACUGUUGGUCUACGACUGUGUGCACAGUUUUCUGGGAACCGGAGCCACUGGAGUUGUAACGCUUCAUACCUUCCGUACCGCCAAGGAGGCCGGCCAGUUGGCUAAAAGGGACCUCCUGCCCUAUGGCCAAGUAAGCGUGUGGAAUGAGAAACUAGCCUGUGCCUACGAACUGAUACCACUCCUGCCAUCCGCCAUUGUCGCCCUCAACUGCUUCAAUCCGGACUUGAGUCCCAUUCAAAAGGCCUUCGAGGGCGAUCGCAACGAUGUCGCCCUGGUCAAGAACUAUCACUACGAAUCCCUGGUGGUAGGAGCAAAACGGAGGAUCAUCGUAUUUCCCGUGGGCACCAUCUUCGCCAACUAAUAGUGGAGGUUGAGGAAUCCAAUGAUCAAGAGGAAACUUACCAGGUGCUCUUUCAGCAAUACUUUAAAAUACCUCUCUUAAGCAUUUUACGUGUAUUUAAAGGCUUCUAACACAGUUCAUUUGGAAUUAGUUGCAUGGAAUCUCUACAUUUCGAAUUAUAGCGAACACAUUUUUACAGAUCCAUAUGACUAUGAAAGAGAAGAAUUAUAAUUUGUUUUUGAUGUAUUGCGAUUUAAACUUAAAGUUUAAAGGUGGCCAUGAUAUUCCAAUUGAACUGUGCAGAGGUCUUAAGCCAGAACUAUUUUUUAUACUUUGCCAAUAAUUGUCCACUGAAAAACCCUUAAAA